AUGGCUACACAAGCGAAACCUCACUCCUUUCAGGACCGCGAAUACUUUCCUUCCUUUCGUGAUUGUCCAUUGGAAUAUUCCUGGGACGAUAGGUAUCUCCGCAAAAAUAGCGAAAAUGCCAGUGUUAAUCGUAAGCAUUGGUGUCUUCUCGGAGAGAUUAUCGAAGCCAACACAAUCAUCCGCCCGCGUAUUGUAGCAAAGGAUCACAAAGGUGAUUCGUUUGUCGUUGCAUUCUACGCUGAUGAUCAAAACGAUAUGCCUCGUCUCCUAAAGCAUUUCAAAGUAGGAAACACCAUUGUUAUCUUUUACCCGUCGAUUCACUAUUUCCUUGACGGAAGCAUUGGUGUAAGGGUUGAAGACACCGGCAAAAUUCAGAUCAUCCCGCUCAGCUUCAAAGAGGUCCUCGAGAUGAAUAAGCAAGUCAUACAAUAUAUCGUCGCAGAGGGAACUCAACGAAAAUGCCACGGCUGCGACAGCUUAAAGGAGAACCUCAACGGCUGUGGUAGAUGCACGCUCUUUCACUACUGUAACAAGGAUUGUCAAACGAAGGCAUGGAGUGAGAAAGACCAUAAGAAACUUUGUAAAGUGCUCAGUCGGGAGGACGUCAGACGAAUGCACUUCCUCAAGUACGGAACAUACGAUGGCGCUAUCUCCUUUGCCUGA